AUGCAGGGUCCAUCAGGUCCCGUGGGAUCAAAAGGUUCCCCAGGACCCAAAGGUGAAAGCGGACUUCAGGGAAUAAAGGGUGAGAGUGGUCCCGAGGGUGAAACAGGACCCCUGGGUGAUUAUGGGAUUGACGGAGUUCGAGGAAACCCAGGGAAUCCAGGAAGAGCGGGGAGGAGAGGAAAAGCAGGACCAAGAGGACUAAGGGGGAGAAAAGGACUAAAGGGACCAAGAGGUGAGAGGGGACCAGCAGGGCCUCCUGGAUCAAUCGGACCUCCUGGCAUUCCCGGAGUAAAAGGUGAUAAAGGAAGUCAGAGUGUGAAGGGACAGAAGGGAUCGAGAGGAGACACAGGAAUUUCAGGACCUCCUGGUGACCCAGGCAAGAAGGGGAAACCUGGAUCUGAAGGUUUGCCGGGACCAUUGGGCCAGAAGGGUGAGCAGGGGUAUGAUGGACAUCCUGGUGGUGAAGGAAUGAAAGGGUUGCCAGGAACUCAGGGUCGACUUGGACGUAAGGGACUUAAAGGAUAUACAGGAAGCCCAGGGAGAAAAGGCGUUCAAGGACCACCAGGUCCCCCUGGUCCUUCUGGUCCACCAGGGCCUUCACUGAAGAUAUCGGGAGAAGAUUUCCAGCUGUUUUCAAACAAAACACACGGUUCGGAUUCCAGGAGUAUAUGGAAGGCUCUGGAAACUUUAAAUAUGAAGAUGCGGCAUUUAGUGGCCCCACCCACUGGAGCCAAGGACAACCCCGCCACAACCUGCAAGGAACUGCAGCUGUGUCAGCCACAGCUGCGCAAUGGUUUCUAUUACAUUGAUCCCAAUCAGGGAUGUCCUUACGAUGCACUUCUGGUGUUUUGCAAUUUUACAGCUGAUGGAGCCACCUGCCUGCCAACCAAGGAAAAUGAGGUACCGACAAAAGGAUGGUUCAAUGAAUAUUCAAAGAAAAGUACAUACCAGUGGUUCAGCUCCACAGAGGGAGGAUUUUUGUUUGAAUACCCUGGAGUGAAUAUUGUACAGCUUCGUUUUUUAAAACUUCACAGUACGUAUGCCAGCCAAAAAAUAACCUACAAAUGUAAUCCGGGCCUUAAUUCAUUCAGGAUGAAUAUAAGUGAUCACAGAACUAUUCAAUUCCUGGGGGACAAUCAAAAGAAAAUCUACAAUGGACACAAAGGAUUCGCAAUCAAUUCUGAUAGAUGCUUGUUAAACGAUUCUGGGCCUCACACAAUUGAGUUUGAAGUCACCACUGAUGAAGUUGACCUCCUCCCUCUGAGGGAUUUGGCAGUGUUUAAUGAUGGUAAUAAAACUCAGGAGUUUGGCUUUUCUAUUGGCCAAGUGUGUUUUUAUUAAUUAUUCAGUCCAACCUCGGGGAAGCCAAUUCAGCUCAUGAACCCUGGGCUGCACCAGCCAAGUCAACCAACCUGUGCAAUCCAGGCAAACCUGGCAUUGCAGGAAAAGCACUUUUACAAAAGCCAUAGCAAUGUUGUAAAGAUUUUGUUUUCCUUUCAGAGGUCUCUAUUAACCUUUUGGACUAACUCCCUACUGACCGGUCAACUGUUGUUUACAUUAAUGCUGCAACUUGAAAACAUGUGGUGCCAACUCCUGCAUCCUUUGCCACCACCUCAAGUGUGUUGAACGGUGCUGUGCUAUGGUCAAAGCUGGAAUAUGGUAUGUUCCUGUGUUCAUUUCUGCACCUAAAAUUAACCUUUCAAAACCAGCUUACACAGCACUGAUCUGACAGUUUACAAAAUAGUUAUCAGGGUGUGUGUAUAAGGAACAAUUCUAACAUACUCACAGCCAUGGAAAAGCAUUGCUAUGUAUUAAUACUUUACCAUUAAUACUUGACCCAAAUCUUAACUUUCCAAACAUUAAAUAUAACUGUUUCUCAACAAAUGUCAAUCAUUUCCAUGCUUCAUCCUGAGCCAUCAGACCUUUGUUUUAUGCAGUAGUUGCGAUACCACAGGGAACUCCAGGCCUGGACUGAGCCAUGGUCUCAGUUUUGUUGGUGGAUUUGAAAUAGUUUUCCAAGGUUCGGGAUAAAUCACCAAAACUAUUCCUGUGAUGCUGUUACUACUGGAAUUAUCAAAUGCAGUCAUAUUUUCUGUUACACAUUCAUAGAUAAUUCAUAUCUUUUCUGUUAAAAAGACUUACUAUUGAAAGAAUAUUUCAUGCAUACAGCGCGUUUUACAGCUGAUCUGUAGUGAGCAGGAAGAAUCGACCAGAAGAGAACCAUUUUGUUGAUUUUUGCCAUUGACUGUGUUAGAAAUGCCGAUCAAUCCAGCUUGCCCAUGUUGUGGGUACCUUCUGCACAGCCAGUGUAACAUUAUAAAAGAAACCUCAUUUGUCUUUCUAUUUCAACACAAAAGGAUUACUCGACUGAUGUUCAAACAUUUCUGUGGAAGAAAGACAACACUGUGCACAAUGCCUUUUCUGGCUUUACAUUUCUUGCACAUUGGCAAAUUAGUCUUAAUUGAGAAAGUUUUUAUUUUAAUCUUUUUUAUAGUGUUGAUACCUACAAGUUUUGUACUUUGGGUCAUUUUUUCGUACAUUAAGCACAUUUAGAGCUCUCUCUGUAAUAUUGAUUGUGUACAAUGGUCAGAAGGGUUGCUACAGUUAAAAUCAGUCAGGCCGUUUUUGGAAUACUUACCUGGCUAAGGACACCUGCUUUGUGCUCUUCAGCAAUACUAUUGUAGCUCUUAUAGUUGUCAUUGAUUUUGUGUAACAUGCAUCCUUGUGAUUAUACCAUGAUUCUAAAUGAAAGUAAUAUGCUGGUCAUUUUUGCUGAUAAAAAUGUGUUUUGUUAAUAAAUGUACU